CCGGGGCCCGCCCCCCGAGGCCGCCGGUUACUCCCACCAGCUGCUGCUGCUGCUGCUGCAGUGAGCGCCGCCCCGCGCCCCGCCAUUGUCCCCGCCGCUCGGCCGGGCCGCGGGGGGCGCGCAUGGGUGGGCGCCGCUGAUGCCGCCGCCGCCGCCGCGCCGCCCUCCGAGGCUGCGUCCCGCCCGGCCCGACCCCGCGCGCUCCCCGGACUGGAGCGCGCCCCCAUGGAGGCGCCCGGGCUGGCCAAGGCGGCCAAGGCGGCCGCGACCGAGCCCGAGGCCCCGGGGGGCCGAGCCGACGCCCCCGACGGCGCGCCCGCGCUCUGCCCGAGCCCCGAGGCGCCCUCGCCGGAGCCGCCCGCCUACCGCCUGCAGGACUUCGACACGCUGGCCACCGUGGGCACGGGGACGUUCGGGCGCGUGCAGCUGGUCAAGGAGAAGACGGCCAAGCACUUCUUCGCCCUGAAGGUGAUGAGCAUACCGGACGUCAUCCGGCUGAAGCAAGAGCAGCAUGUGCACAAUGAGAAGUCGGUGCUCAAGGAAGUCAGCCACCCGUUUCUGGUCAAGCUGUUCUGGACGUGUCACGACGAGCGCUUCCUCUACAUGCUCAUGGAGUUCGUGCCCGGCGGCGAGCUCUUCAGCUACCUGCGCAACCGAGGCCGCUUCUCCGGCAGCACCGGGCUCUUCUACUCAGCGGAGAUCGUCUGCGCCAUCGAGUACCUGCACUCCAAGGAGAUCGUCUACAGGGACCUGAAGCCGGAAAACAUUCUGCUGGACCGCGACGGCCACAUCAAGCUCACCGACUUCGGGUUUGCCAAGAAACUGGUCGACAAGACGUGGACCCUGUGUGGCACGCCCGAGUACCUGGCCCCUGAAGUCAUCCAGAGCAAGGGCCACGGAAGAGCCGUGGACUGGUGGGCGCUUGGGAUCCUGAUAUUUGAGAUGCACUCGGGGUUUCCUCCGUUUUUUGAUGACAACCCAUUUGGCAUUUAUCAAAAAAUUCUUGCAGGCAAAAUAGACUUCCCCAGACAUUUGGAUUUCAGUGUCAAAGACCUCAUUAAGAAAUUGCUUGUCGUUGACAGAACGAGACGGCUCGGAAACAUGAAGAACGGGGCAGAGGACGUGAAAAGACACCGCUGGUUCCGGACUGUGGACUGGGAGGCCGUCCCGCAGAGGAAGCUGAAGCCGCCCAUCGUGCCCAAGCUGUGCGGCGAGGGCGAUACCUCCAACUUCGAGGCGUAUCCCGACAAUGAUUGGAACACGGCCCCAGCCGUGUCACCCAAGGACUUGGAAGUCUUCAAGAAUUUCUGAGGACGCGAAUCCACACGUGGAAGAAACAGGAUGAUUCAAACCUGCCGGGGACAAAGAUUGCUGCACAUUAGCCCGGAAGAAGGGUCAUCUCCACGUGAUAAGGACAUUUACAUGUUCUAUACAUCUGGAUGUACAUAAAGAGACUGCAGACCCGCAGAAAGUCAAGGACUUGGCCUUAUUUAAGCAACUGGAAAUCUACUGCACAGUAGGACAUUUUGGGAAAUUGUUGGGUUGUAGAUUUUAUCUUCUCUCUCAGUGCGAUGAACCUACUGUGAUAUCUCCGUUUUCCUCAUAGGCUUCACUUUAUGAGUGUGAACGGAACAUGUCCAGCUAUAACCACAGAUGGCGUGUGUGUGCGUGUAUCAAGAGACAGUAUGAGUGGAGCACAGAAAUCGUGCGUUGAUAUAAAUGUUCAUACUUGGCAGAGCCGGUGACUUUUAUUUUUCAAAUUGCUCUUUGGAGAAUCUGUUUCCUUGGGGACAAAAGCUAAGACAGAUACGGUGUGUGUAUUUUGUAUCAUCUUCUAUGCAUUUUCUAGUUUGUGAAGAAAAUACGUGGUGGGUCCAUGUCCCUUGUCUUCAGUGCGUCAUAUCUGGUGACGUUAGGUCUUGAAGCCAAGAAGGGCAGAGAGGAAGAGACCAGUUUGCAUUUGAGUCUGAGAAUCGCCACUGGCCAUUAACGUUGGGCCAGGAUUGGAAUGCAGUCCAGAUACGUAGGGCGUCAGCUCUAGAAAUUCUAUACUCUGUGUGGGGGGGGUGGGGGGGGUAAUGGGUGGCUCCCGUUGGGCUCUCGCUCGAACAAAACGCAAAAACCCAACAAACGACUUUCCAUGACCUUCAUGCAAACGUGGUCUUUUAACUUCCGUUUGGGGAAAAGUAAGACACAAAUGAGCUCAAGGAGGUAAGCACUCGCGUAGCAAACCUCAGCCUCUCCCGUUCCUGUCCACCGAGUGUUGGGUGCGUCCAGCACACUCUGGUCUCCUACGUAGGGCGGCUCAGGCAGACUUCCCUGUGGCCGAGAUUUUGCCUUUUCCUCUUUGCACCUGAUGGUGAAGAUGCCCGGAAGCUCGCUCUUUCCAAAGGUUUCCCCUUGGGACUGACUGAGUGAAAGGGAGAGGCGGAGGGUCCGCACUGAGCGCGUUGCUAGAUGCUGGCUUUCCCAGGACAACGGGAUGCACUAAGACGUCCUCAGGGUCCAUGCUCUCCGUGAUCCAUUAGCUUCUGCCCUGUGCUUCUGAUUCCUGAUUCUGAACUUUGCUGGACCAGCCGCAAGGGCUUGCCCGUUCUGCACUUGCCGUGAGUCCUCUAGAAACACAGAGCUACUCACCUCUGUCGUGGGGCUGCUCGCAGGGCUCAACCACGACCUUCUGCUGCAGGGAUGUCUGUGUUCUUAACUAGUAGGAGCCAGAGUGUAGGGUGGCUACAGGAAGGCUCCCCUCCCCCCCCAGACCUCCAAGACCCCUCCAUGCCCUUCCUUUCUUCCCAUGCUUGGCCUGGAAACAUCCGCCUCCUUGGGCAGCCAUAAACACCGUUUUCCAGCACCGUGCUUGGGAAAGCCUUUUCUGUGCAUGGGACCACUCUUCUAAUUUUUUUUUUAUGUUUAUUUAUUUGAGAGAGAGAGAGACAAAG